GGGGGGAAGGGCGGCUCCUUUCGCCGGAAGCCGAUGCUUUCUCGGCCCGAUAGGGCCUCUUGCGACGCAAGACCGGGUACCGUGAGGACGCCAGGGGCCGCUGGGCUUAGGAACCGCCGGACGGUCGUACGCAGAGUUGGGGCAGGUUUGGGGACGGACCGGAAGUGCCUGAGCGUGGAGGCAAAAUGCUCCCUUAAGCACCUGGAGUUGCCGCCAUCCACGAUGUUCUUGGUGCGUCUGACUUGUCAGCUGCUCAGGGCUGCUCCACGGGCAGGCCGUGGUCUGCUCUGGGGUGUCCCAGGGGUGCUGGGCACCCAUGCCUACAGGCCCUGCUAUAGCACGCAACCUGUGGGCCCAAGCAGGGCUGCCUCCCUCCCUGGCAGGGGGACCCAGGUGGAGCUAGAAGAGAUGCUGGUCCCCCAGAAGAUGUCCAUAAGCCCCCUGGAGAGCUGGCUCACCGCUCGCUGCCUCUUGCCCAGCCAGGGUGCUGCAGCCCCUGGGACUGUGACUCCCCAGCUCUAUGAGUGCCCACGUAGCUACACAGGGAAGGGGCCUGAGAAGGGGGAUGAAGGUGUCUUGGGAGUGCCCCAGAUACAGUGUAAAAACGUGCUGAAGAUCCGCCGGCGGAAGAUGAACCACCACAAGUACCGCAAGCUGGUCAAGAGGACUCGGUUCCUGCGGCGGAAGGUCCGGGAAGGGCGCCUGAAACAGAAGCAGAUAAAAUUCGAGAGAGACCUGCAGCGCAUCUGGUUGAGGGCCGGCCUGAAGGAAGCCCCUGAGGGCUGGCAGACCCCCAAGAUCUACCUGAAGAGCAAAUGAGUGCCCUCCCAUUGCUACUGGUGAUCCAUUGUAAUAAAAAGUUCAAAGAGCCCA